CCCCAACCCGCGCACACACUUCCCAGUUGCUUUACGUCGCGCUUUCGCCGCGCAUUCCCGUUCCGACCGGCAACUCAGCAAUCUCGGAGAGAAUAGCCCAAGCAGCCAGCGAUCGGCCCGCACUAUCCAUUUGACCAAAUCCCAAUCAGUCGCAGAGGCACGAAGUUCGUCGCAGAGGCGACCUCCUCAUUCCGUCGCAGACAUGGAAGACGGCCCUAGUCAGAAGAUUCGCAGAAUCUGCGUGUAUUGCGGCUCGAGCUCCGGCUCAAAUCCCGCUUAUGCCGAAGCGGCUGCGGAUCUCGGCCGGGAAAUCGCGGCCCGGGGAUUUGAUUUGGUCUACGGGUCAGGUAGCAUAGGCCUGAUGGGUAUAGUUGCGAGAACAGUGCACGAAAACGGGCGGAAUGUACUAGGGGUAAUUCCCCACGCCCUCGUGCCUAAGGAGAUAUCUGGGCCGUCCGUUGGCGAGGUGCGAUUGGUGCGCAACAUGCACGAACGGAAGGCGGAGAUGGCGAAAGCAGCUGACGCGUUCGUCGCCUUGCCAGGAGGGUACGGCACUCUAGAGGAGCUCCUAGAGAUGAUCACCUGGUCGCAGCUUGGUAUUCACGACAAGCCAAUCGCGGUGCUCAAUGCAAAUGGGUACUUUGACUCGCUGCUCGCCUUCUUUGAUCGCGCCACACAGGACGGGUUUGUGAACGCGACCAAUAGAAGCAUUGUGAUGGCGGGAAGCACGGCUAAGGAGGUGUUGGAUGCGGUUGAGAGGUUUGAUGCGGAUAGCAGAGGGGCGUUGCUGGAGAAGGAGAGGUGGAGUGGGGAAGUGGGAGGUGUGGGGAGAGAUGGAGUUAGUAAAGAAGAGAUGGUGAAGGCUGUGGUGGAACCCUGAUCCCACACCCCCUUUUUCAGGGUACCACUUUGACUCGCUGCCUUCUUGACCAUGCCGCACAGGAGGGGUUCGUAAAUUAGGCCAAUAUUAGCAUUCUGAUGGCGGGACGCACGGCCAAGGAGGUGUUGGAUGCGGUUGAGAGGUCCGAUGCGGUUGAGACGUUCGAUGCGGAUAGCAGAGGGGCGCUGCUGGAGGAGAGGGGGAGGAGGCGUGGGUGGGAGGGUUGGGAACUUAGAAAGAGAUGGGAGUGAGCAGAGCGGAGAUGGUGAACCCUGAUGCCACACUGCUCCCUCAAGAAAUCCGUUUCGUUUUAGACACGCUCUAUGGAUUUCUCCCAAGUAUCAGUACCGUAUGUAAAAAAAUCAUUCAAAGACCA